AUGGCGCCUUUCAACACGCCGGGUAUUGUUAUUACUGGUUUCAAGGAACGGCCCGAGUCAAUCCUUGCCCAAGGAAACAGAUUGUAUAUUGGAACCUCUACGGGAAAUCUACACAUACAUGACCUGAGCGACUCUACAAGUAAGUCGGACGUCGCUAUCCUAACGAGCAGUCCGUGCUUGUUGAGACUAAGGAAAGGAUUGUCACGGAGAGCCAUUGAUCAACUAGGAUAUAUUAAAGAUUUGAAUUCACUGGUUCUACUUUCUGAAACACUCGUGACUCUUUACCCAUUACCGUCCUUUUCCCCACCGACACCACUUACUAAGACCAAGGGUGCACUAUCCUUCGCUACAUAUUCCUCUGUAAUCGACACCCGGUCAUCAGGCGAUGGGACGACAGCCAUACCAACCAUGGUUACGCAACUCAUCGUUGGGUGCCGCAGGAGAGUAGUCGUAUACUGUUGGAAAGACGGGGAGGUUCAAGAAAUCAAAGAAGCGGCUCUACCUCACUCGCCUCGCCUCAUCGCCUUCCUGGACCGCGACAAUGUCUGUUUCGCAUACUCACCCACUGAAUAUGCCGUGUUUUCUAUCAGCAAACUUGCUGCCGUAGACGUGACUUUGCCAAUAGCACCUGCUACGUCUAUGGGGGCUUUGUCGGGUUUGGGUAAUUAUAUGAUGCUUAGUCGGGGUGCGAAGUCGAAGCCCAACAUAGUAAGGAUUAGUGAAACGGAGACUCUGGUGGUCAGGGAUAACCAGGGGUUCAUAGUGGGCGUUGACGGUAAACAGACGAGGCCUGAUAUUAUUGAUUGGCCGGGUCCGCCAGAUGAAAUCGCAUACGUGAGCCCAUACGUAUUUUCCAUCCUUCCACCAGGAACUGUUCCAGUAUCAGAAGAAGGCAGUUCGUCGUCUGGCUUAUCGACGACCCCACAGACCACGAUACCAGCGCCAGUUGUGCAAGUCGUGUCACCCUUCCGUUCCCCUUUCCACAGCCCUAAUUCCAAUGUGCCUGCCAACGCUAACUGUUCCAUCCGCCUGUUAACUGCGUCUCUGGUUGCUAAGUCACCUCUUUUCCUCGUUUCUACCCCGGUUGAUCGGACGAUCGCCACUACCGAGGGCAGUUGUGUAUGGAAGUUCGAGAUGAAACCAUGGGGCGAACAGAUUGAUGAGUUGGUGCAGAAAGGGUCGUAUGCAGACGCGUUAGCCCUCUUGAAUACUCUGGAUACUGCUGUGCUUCCCGACAAGGACGAGCGAUGCACUCGAAUACGUGCCCUGAAUGCAGUUGCUCAGUUCCGCGCGGGGAAGUACGAUGAUGCUAUCAAUACUUUCCUAGAACUCGAUCUCAACCCUGCCAAGGUGGUUGCUCUUUACCCGGAACGAGUGGCCGGUCGGCUGUCUGUCCCUCAGGAUGAAUGGAUACCAUUAUUCGGUGGUCCUGCAAAUCCAACUCCUAAACCUGAAGACUCGACGUCCGCAAACUCAAGCGAUACCUCGAAAGAAGGCAGCAAGGAGAAAAUUAUCGAACGAUCACCUUCUCCUACGGGUUCCGUUCGUGUGCGAUCAAAGACAAUGUUUGGUUCCUUACUACCGUCUGCAGCAAAGGACGACGACGUGGUUUCUCUGAGUGGUAGAAGGAAAGCUAAGCAGCCACUAGAUGAUUCCACCCGUGCCGUUGAAGUACUCUGGCGUUAUCUAACAGACCGCAGACCGAAGGUUGCGGGAGCAUUAGCUGCGGUUAACAUUACGUCCGCCCAAUCUCACCAAUGGCCAACUCUUUCGGAAACUUCUACAGAGGAACUAUUUUCUCUGCCCAACGUUCCUCUGACGUCGCUAACGCCGCAACAACUGAUCCACUUCGCCCAAAUCGUAGACACGGCACUGUUUAAGUCAUAUUUGCUUUACCGGCCUGCAUUACUUGGUUCAUUGUGUCGAGUUGCGAAUUGGUGUGAAGUAUCGGAAGUCGAGGAGGAGCUGCGCGCCCGUGAGAAAUUUGCAGAGCUGAUCUUCUUAUAUAAUGGGAAGAAGAUGCACGCGAAAGCCCUGGCACUCUUGCAGCAGGACAAGCUCGAUCCGACGGUUUCUUAUCUCCAGAAACUGGGGCCAGAGUACUUGGACCAGAUAUUCAAGUCUGCACGUUGGGUGUUUGACCAAGACCGUGAAAUGGGUCUCCAGGUUUUCAUGUCCGAGGAUGUUGAACUUCCCCGUUCCCAUGUGGUUGAUUACCUGGAGAAGAUUGACCCUCAAAUUUCCGCACGUUAUAUUGAGUACCUUAUUGAAGAGAAACAUGAAGACGGUGGCAUGUUGCAUGAUCGCCUUGCUGAGCUCUACUUGAGCAUUACCAUCAGUGCUAAGAAACGUGGGGACAACCAGAAACGGGACGAGACGUACGCGAAGCUUCUCCACUUCAUCGACACGACCAACCAUUACCAUCCUGCCCGCCUAUAUGGCCGACUUUCAGAAGAUCUUUACGAAGCACGAGCCAUACUAUUAGGUCGCAUGGGAAGACAUGAGCACGCCCUAGAACUGUAUGCGUACAAGUUAGGCAAUUUCCAGAAGGCCGAGGAGUACUGCAAACGUGUGUACCACCCCGAUACUGAGACCAACACCGUAUUCUUGACGCUGCUGAAACUUUACCUACGACCCACUGCGAAGGAUCUUCCCAACCUCCUUCCACCUGCUCUGGAUCUGAUGAGAAGGCAGAGCCAUCGACUAAAUCCCGUCGAGACACUGCAACUACUUCCGCCUCUCGUAUCAGCGGAGGAAGUGCGGAAGUUCUUGCAGCAGGCUCUGCGGAUGCCAGUUUGUGAUAGUCACGUUAUUCGGGAAAUCAACAAGGCGCGGAGCGAGCAGGUUGCCAGGACGUUGAUGAUCCUCGAAUCUAGACGCGUCAAAGUGACGGACAGCAGAAUAUGCCCCCAAUGCCAUAAGCGACUGGGAAGUAGUGUCAUUGCAGUGCAUGCGCCACGUGGAGAGGUUACCCACUAUCAAUGCCGAGAGGCGUUUUCUAAAAAGCUUAACUCACUAAGGCAAAGUUAA